AUGGAAUGUAGUUUUACUCCGGAUACCCAGAAUGAACUUCGUGUGAAACUUCACUUGGCCUCAGAACGUACCGAACGGAUCUGGUCUCUUCCCGAUAAUGCUGGAGAAGACGUUCAUGUUCCCUUCCUCCCAUCCAGUGAGAAACCCCAUGCCCUAGGAAAUAGGCUGGAUAAAGCCACGGAGCAAAUGUCGGAUACCCCGUUGAGCCGAUACCACCCGUUGACAUGA